AUGAAACCACAUCCUUCCUUCUUCCUUCAUACCUGUGUACAAGAUACACAACUUUCAGUGUUUGUUUGUGACCGAGUUCAUAUGCUAACCAGAGGUGUUCCAUUACAGGUGAUGAUAGGAUUUGAAGACCUGGCUGUGUAUUUCACCUGGAAAGAAUGGCAGAACAUGAACAAUGCUCAAAAAAUCUUGUACAGGGAUGUAAUGCUGGAGACCUACAGCAUCUUGUUCUCUUUGGGGCACUGCAUGACAAAACCUGACUUGAUCUUAAAGUUGGAGCAAGGAGAAGAACCCUGGAUGGAGGAAGAAUGCUUACAUCAGAGUCUUCCAGUUGCUGGGAAAAGGGAUGACCUGAUUAGAACCAAGCAGGAAUGUCAGGACAAAAGUCUGAAUAUUAAUGUUAUGAAAAAUAACAAGACAUCAACUCCAAAGAGAGUUGAAUUAAGAAAAACAUUUAAUUUAAGUUCAAGCCAUAUUCCAAAACUAAUUAUCAGAAAGGGAAAUUAUUCAAGAAUGAAACCUGAAGAAUGCAAUGUAUGUCACAAUGUGCAUCCCCAUAGGGGGUCAGAUCAAAUACAAGCUGAAGAGAAAGUUGAUGCCACUAAGGUGCCUGGGAACUGUCUCCAGUUCUGUGAGCCUCUUAAUCAGUGUCACAAGAUUCAGACUGUGAAGCAGACAUUUGAGCAUAUUGGACAAGGGAAAGUCUUCACAAGGAAGAUGCUCUGUAAAUCUGAGAGGGUUCAUAAGGGAGAAACCUGCAAUAAGUCAACUAUCACUGUUGGAAAGGCAACUCAAAUAACAAAUGCUUUCCACAAAAGCUCUAACCUCAGUAUGCAUCAACAAACCCACACAAGAGAGAAAUUUUAUGAUGAUAUUAGAUAUGUGGAACCUGUUAUUUACCAAUCACAUCUUGCCAUAAAUCAGGGACAACAUUUAGAGAAAAAACCCUAUGCAGGUAAACCUUGUGAAAAAUCCUUCAGUUGUAAUUCCUGCCAUAGCAUCCAUCACAGUACUCACAUACAGGGAAACCCCCAUAUGUGUAUUGAAUGUGGAGAGACCACUCAUCAGGAGUCAGAUCUCGUUAGACAACAGAAAAUUCACAUACAGAUGAAACUACAUGAAUAUAUUGAUAGUGGAAAAGCCUUUUUCCCAAAACCAUACAUCAUACCACAACAGAGAAUUCACACAGAGGAGAACCUUCAGGAAUAUAAUGACUAUGGAAAAGACUUUUUGAAGAAGUCCGACCUCAACAAUCAGCAGAGAAUUCACAAAGGGCAGAAGCCUUAUGAAUGCAAUGACUGUGGAAGAGCUUGUUGCCACAAAUCAAACCUAAUAAUGCACGUGAAAAUUCAUCCAGGGGAGAAACUUUAUGAAUGUAAUGACUGUGGCAAAACCUUUAGCCAGAAGUCAUUCUUCAGAAUCCAUCAGAGAACUCACACAGGGGAGAAACCUUAUGAAUGUAAUAACUGUGGAAAAGCCUUUGGCCGAAAGACAAGCCUAAUAAUACAUCAGAGAAUUCACACAGGGGAGAAACCUUAUGAAUGUAAUGACUGUGGAAAAGCCUUUGGUAAUCAGCCAGACCUCAUUAGACAUCAGAGAACUCACACAGGGGAGAAACCUUAUGAAUGUAUUAACUGUGGAAAAGCCUUUGGCCGAAAGACAAGCCUAAUAAUACAUCAGAGAAUUCACACAGGGGAGAAACCUUAUGAAUGUAAUGACUGUGGAAAAGCCUUUGGUAAUCAGCCAGACCUCAUUAGACAUCAGAGAAUUCACACCGGGGAGAAACCUUAUGAAUGUAAUAACUGUGGAAAAGCCUUUGGCCAAAAGACAAGCCUAAUAAUGCAUCAGAGAAUUCACACAGGGGAGAAACCUUAUGAAUGUAAUGACUGUGGAAAAGCCUUUGGUGAUCAGCCAGACCUCAUUAGACAUCAGAGAAUUCACACCGGGGAGAAACCUUAUGAAUGUAAUAACUGUGGAAAAGCCUUUGGCCAAAAGACAAGCCUAAUAAGGCAUCAGAGAAUUCACACAGGGGAGAAACCUUAUGAAUGUAAUGACUGUGGAAAAGCCUUUCACCAGAAGUCAAUCCUCAGAAUGCAUCAGAGAACUCACACAGGUGAGAAACCUUAUGAAUGUAGUGACUGUGGAAAAGCCUUUGGCCAGAAGACAAUCCUAAUAAUACAUCAGAGAAUUCACACAGGGGAGAAACCUUAUGAAUGUAGUGACUGUGGCAAAGCCUUUCGCCAGAAGUCAAUCCUCAGAAUGCAUCAGAGAACUCACACAGGUGAGAAACCUUAUGAAUGUAGUGACUGUGGCAAAGCCUUUGGCCAGAAGACAAAUCUAAUAAUGCAUCAGAGAAUUCAUACAGGGGAGAAACCUUAUGAAUGUAAUGACUGUGGAAAAGCCUUUGGCAAUCAGCCAAACCUCAUUAGACAUCAGAGAAUUCAUACAGGGGAGAAACCUUAUGAAUGUAAUGACUGUGGCAAAGCCUUUGGCCAUAAGACAAACCUAAUAAUGCAUCAGAGAAUUCAUACAGGGGAGAAACCUUAUGAAUGUUAUCACUGUGGCAAAACCUUUAGCCAGAAGUCAAGGCUCAGAAUGCAUCAGAGAACUCACACAGGUUAGAAUCCUUAUGAAUGUAGUGACUGUGGAAAAGCCUUUGGCCGAAAGACAAGCCUAAUAAUGCAUCAACAAAUUCACACAGGGGAGAAUCCUCAUGAAUGUAAUGACUGUGGAAAAGCCUUUGGCAAUCAGCAAAACCUCAUUAGACAUCAGAGAACUCACACAGGGGAGAAACCUUAUGAAUGUAAUAACUGUGAAAAAGCCUUUGGCCAGAAGACAAGCCUAAUAAUGCAUCAGAGAAUUCACACAGGGGAGAAACCUUAUGAAUGUAAUGAUUGAGGAAAAGCCUUUGGAAAUAAUCCAACCCUACUUGCACAUCAUCAAGUUCAUAUAGGGGAAAACCCUUUUGAAUGUAAUGCAUGUGAAAAAGCCUUUAUCUGGAAGUCACACCUUUUAAGACAUCAGAAAUUACAUGGGGGAAAACCUUAUGAAUGUAAUGAGUAUUGGAAAGCUCUUUGCCAAAAAUCAUGCCUUAUAACAUCAGAAAAUUCACAGGGUGGAUACUUUUGA